AUGUCUUCUUCCCUUUCCGUGGGUCAUCGCAAGCUUCAUCAGCUAAUCGAAGACGAAGGUUUCGAAUCCGUGACUCCGUGUCGUCGUUGCGUUUCCCUCAACAAGACCUGCAUCCGUUCCGACCGGUCUUUGAGGUGCAAUAACUGCGUGCGUGGUGGUGGGAAAAUUAAGUGUGAGAUGCCAGAGUCAACAUUCUCGGAUGCUGAAUGGCGUCGGUUGAUCAAGUUCCAAAACUCCCUAGAGUCUGAGGAAGAGGAGUUGUUGGCUAAGGUUCUUCGAUUGCGUAAGCAGAGGCGUCUGCUUCAAAAGCGUGCGGGUGACUUCAUUGCCCGUAAGUAUGAAGAGAUUAGCGAGCUCGAGGAGUUGGAGCGUCGCGAAGCUGAAGAGCGCGAGCGUCUUGAAAAAGAGCGUGCUGUUGUGUAG